AUGUCCACGUCCCUGAAACACAGGAGCAUACCAGCAGCAUUCAACCAAAAAGACCCCAUUGCUACGAUAAAGCCUCCGAGACCCACGUCCGCGCCCUUUACCAAUUUUUCCAAGCCUUUGGCACACGAGGAUGCGCCUGCUGCGAACCCCAAAUUGGUCGCCGCUGAAGAAUUGCAGGCUCGGAUCAAAGCCGCAAGAAGGAGUAGAACCGCCUCUCAACCGCUGCCCGAAGCAGUACGACGGAAACUCGACCACUCGUCCGACCUCAUACACCCAGCCUUGCGCGCCAGGAGCGGCGUAACACCGAACCCUACUCGUACCGUCAACCACAGACCCAAGAGCCGUGAGGGCCUUUCCAUAGACGCGGUGAUUCGGCGACUGUCCAUGGAAAUUGAUGAGCAAAACCGUGUUAGAGGACGCGGUCCACCCGUACUCGGCGGAGACGUCUUCUCACACUUCCAGACGUACUUCAGCCUCUUCUCGUAA